AAACUAUGGGUUAGAGAUUAUAGAAACAAUAUCAUGUGUAUUCAUACAAAAAAAAUUAUGACAUGAACAGCAUUUCUGGUCUCGGGUUUCUUCUGACCUCUCCCCUGCAAAGUUCGACACUCGAUUAUUUUAGCCUUUUGCCGGAUAGCUAGCAAAAUACUAAAUUGACGAGCUGGCUAGCUAAAUUCGCUAGUAGUAGUGAUGCACAUUAGCGAUUCAAUCUGUGUAAGGGUAAAUACAUUCAUUCGGAGAUAGCUAGCCAGCCAGUCAGCCAAGAUCGCUCAGUUCAGCUGUAAAACAAAAAUGAGUCUUCUUCCAGACCUGAAUGCCAAUGAGGAUGAAACAUCCUACUAUGCAGACAAGACUUGGGUCCAGUGCGAGUCUCCCAGAUGUCUGAAGUGGAGACUGGUACCAAAGAGUGAUGAAACGGUGGCUGAGCUGGACCAUGGCAAGUCCUGGCACUGUCAUAUGAACCCAGACCCUCUGUUCAGCCACUGCAGCAUCCCUCAGGGCCCUUUCCCCAACAACUCCCAGUUCAAGGAACAUGGCCUGAAGGUUGUGUACUCCGUGCUGCCUGUCGGGAGCCUGGUGCUGGUGAAAGCAUGUAACUGGCCAUGGUGGCCAGCCAUUCUAAGUCCAGACCCCAACGUGGAGGAGUAUGUGAGGCUGGACAGCGAGGGUUAUGUGGAGCACUACCAUGUUGAGUUCCUGGGGAAACCUCAUACCAGAUUCUGGGCUGCUGCCAAGCAUGUAGAACUCUACCACAACUCCUCCACUAAACCCAGAUACAGGAACCUGCGAGGCGCUAUGAGGAAGUCGUAUGAGGUGGCGAUGGAGGAGGUGGCUAAGGUCAGGGAGAUGGGCUGUGAGGAGAGACUGCAGAUCAGCCACUUCCAGCCACAGGAUUUGUUGAGUCAGGCUCAGAGGUUAAUGCAUGCUAUUGAGAGGAUGCUCAGACAAUACUCCAACCAGCAGGACAACCAAGGCAAGCGGGACCAGAGGAUUCGGAUGUGGGAUGCCGGCAUCGAGGAGGACGGAGACACUCUGAUCAUAGAAGGGUUCAGGUUUGACAGCGCCACCUGUCUGGAGGACCUGAUGACUGCAGGAAACAAGAAAUAAAAGAUGUAUUUAUUUUUUAACAGAUUUUUUUUUUUAACAAGAUAUUUCCAGAUAGUUUUUUCUUCAAGACGUGUUAAUCCUUUCCCCUUAAAAGUACUUUAUAUUGUAUGAUAUUUAUUUGAAUUGUUAUAUUUUUCUAAAAUAUUUGUUUACUGUGGUCAUUGUUAAAGAAAAUAUACAUUGUGGUGACUGGCAGUAUGAAGAAGCCUUCAACCUCAGUACAGUCUUUCCUGUUUGGCCUGUUUGUUAAAUCAAAUCAAUUUUAUUUGUCACAUACACACGGUUAGCAGAUGUUAAUGCGAGUGUAGCGAAAUGCUUGUGCUUCUAGUUCCGACAAUGCAGUCUUUGUUAAAUCUUUCACUGUGUUCAUUCAUUCUCAAGUUGUCAUCGUAUGUUGCU